CUUUGUUCGAUUACUAUUAAAGUAAAUGAAUAGCGGUAAGUGAAAGCUGCAUACGCGGAUGGUAAAAGACUCAGACGGACACACGUUUACCGUGAGGAGUUAUUAAACGGAGGAAUUAAACUGGAAAACAUCUGUGCUGGAUCUCUGGAUUGAGCCCUCCAUCUUUGCCUGAUUUCUGCCUCUAUCAGUUGCCCUCGCUGGUUUUUAACAUGGCAACUAUGAUGGCACUCUGGCAGCACCAUUGAUCUCCACCCUGGAUAACAAACAUGGAGAGAAAACGCAGAAAGAAAUGAAUCAAGCUGCUCAGGCCAUAUGCAAUGUGGACUCACUCUUUGAGCUCUGGACCUGAACUGCUCCGUCCCAACCCCUGACCUUUCUCCCACCUUAAGCUCCUUGUUAUUCAUGUAAAACAGCUCCCCCUGGAGAUUGGGAGGCCCAUGCCUUAUCCUAUGGCGUGUGCUGCUGCUGACCGCAGAAUGUCUCUGCUUCUUGCGUGGAUGUCACUGCUGGGGCUGAUGGUCGGCUACUUGCCUGUGGUGGGGAUGGAGCCAAGGGGAGGCGUUAAACAAUCCUCUGAGCACACCGCCAGCCCAAUGCCCCCCUCCCCAUCCUCUGGCUCCAACUGCUCCCAGCUUACCGUCAAGCUUGAGUUCUCCUCCAAGGUGGUGGAACAUGAAUACAUUGUAGCGUUUACAGGGUACUUCUCGGCCAAAGCCCGCCACCUAUACAUCAGCAGUGCCUUGCGGAACGCCAGAAGCGAAGCUUUGGACUGGCACAUUGUUCCCAGGGAAAACCCAGCCUCUGACUUUCCAAGCGACUUUGAGCUGGUCCACAUACGCCGAGCCUCGCCGAGCAACCUCCUGACCUUAGAGGACCACCCUUACAUCAAGAGGGUUACGCCACAACGCAAAGUGUUCCGCACGCUCAAGUACAUUCCCUCACCUGAACCUGCCGCACCCUGCAACACCACCCGCUGGACACAAAAGUGGCAAUCUUGGCAGUCGUCCCGCCCACUUCGUCGUACCAGCCUGUCCCUGGGCUCGGGAUUCUGGCAUGCCACAGGUCGCCACUCUAGCCGCCGUCUCCUCCGGGCCAUCCCCCGCCAUGUCGCUCAGAUCCUGCAGGCUGAUGUACUUUGGCAGAUGGGACACACUGGCUCUGGCGUGAAGGUAGCGGUGUUUGACACAGGCCUCAGUGAAAAGCACCCUCAUUUUAAGAAUGUAAAGGAAAGGACCAACUGGACCAAUGAGAAGACUCUUGAUGAUGGCCUGGGUCAUGGUACCUUUGUGGCAGGAGUGAUAGCCAGUAUGAGAGAGUGUCAAGGCUUUGCUCCUGAUUCUGAGCUUCACAUCUUUCGAGUUUUCACCAACAACCAGGUGUCAUAUACCUCGUGGUUUCUGGAUGCUUUCAACUAUGCCAUCCUGAAGAAGAUUGAUGUACUCAACCUCAGCAUUGGUGGGCCUGACUUCAUGGACCACCCCUUCGUUGAUAAGGUGUGGGAGCUCACCGCUAACAGAGUGAUCAUGGUCUCGGCUAUUGGUAACGACGGGCCUCUGUAUGGCACCCUCAACAACCCAGCAGACCAGAUGGAUGUUAUUGGGGUAGGAGGGAUUGACUUUGAAGACAACAUUGCCAGGUUUUCCUCUAGAGGCAUGACUACCUGGGAACUACCAGGGGGUUAUGGAAGGGUGAAGCCUGACAUUGUUACUUACGGUUCAGGGGUGAGAGGCUCUGGAAUGAAGGAGGGAUGUCGCUCCCUGUCUGGCACCAGCGUGGCUUCACCUGUGGUCGCCGGUGCUGUCACACUCCUGGCCAGCACCGUUCUCAACCGUGAGCUGGUGAACCCCGCGUCUAUGAAACAGGCCCUGAUUGCAUCGGCUCGCAGGCUGCCAGGGGUGAACAUGUUUGAGCAGGGCCACGGUAAACUCGACCUGAUUAGAGCUUACCAGAUCCUCAACAGCUACAGACCUCAAGCCAGUCUCUCUCCAAGCUACAUUGACCUGACAGAGUGUCCCUACAUGUGGCCUUACUGCUCUCAGCCCAUCUACUACGGUGGAAUGCCCACUAUUGUCAAUGUGACCAUUCUCAAUGGCAUGGGCGUCACUGGCAGGAUUGUUGACAAGCCUAUCUGGCAGCCCUACCUGCCCCAGAAUGGGGACCACAUUGAUGUGGCCAUGUCCUAUUCACCAGUGCUGUGGCCUUGGGCUGGGUACCUGGCUGUCUCCAUCUCCGUGGCAAAGAAAGCAGCAUCAUGGGAAGGCAUCGCUCAGGGUCAUGUGAUGGUGACUGUGGCAUCACCUGCCGAGAAUGACUCUGAAGUAGGAGGGGAGCUGACCUCCACAGUAAAACUCCCCAUCAAGGUGAAGAUUGUGCCAACUCCUCCACGCAGCAAAAGAGUUCUGUGGGACCAGUACCACAACCUGCGCUACCCGCCGGGCUACUUCCCACGAGACAAUCUCCGCAUGAAGAAUGACCCACUGGACUGGAAUGGGGACCACAUCCACACCAACUUCAGGGACAUGUACCAGCACCUGAGGAGUAUGGGAUACUUUGUUGAGGUGCUUGGAGCCCCCAUCACCUGCUUUGAUGCCAGCCAGUAUGGCACACUGCUAAUGGUGGACAGCGAGGAGGAGUAUUUUCCUGAGGAGAUCACCAAGCUGAGGAGAGACAUCGACAAUGGCCUGUCACUCAUCAUCUUCAGUGACUGGUACAACACCUCCGUCAUGAGGAAGGUCAAGUUCUAUGAUGAAAACACCAGGCAAUGGUGGAUGCCGGACACAGGGGGCGCUAACAUACCAGCUCUGAAUGAUUUAAUAUCAGUAUGGGGAAUGGCCUUCAGUGACGGACUCUAUGAGGGAGACUUCACCAUGGCUGAUCAUGACAUGUAUUAUGCCUCAGGCUGUAGUAUCGCCCGUUUCCCAGAAGAUGGAAUAGUGAUCGCCAAGAACCUGAAAGACCAAGGUCUGGAGGUGUUAAAGCAGGAAACAGCAGUGGUGGAGGGUGUCCCUAUCCUUGGACUGUACCAGACGCCCUCUGAUGGGGGUGGCCGUAUCGCUUUGUAUGGAGACUCCAACUGUAUAGAUGACAGUCAUAGGCAGAAAGAUUGCUUCUGGCUGCUUGAUGCUCUCCUUCAGUAUACUUCAUACAGUAUGACUCCUCCCAGCCUCAGCCACUCUCACAGCAGAGUAGCGCCACCUACUGGCACCGAACGCCCACUGCCACAAAGACUAGAUGGCAAUCACCUGUACCGCUACUCCAAGGUUCUGGAGGCACACCUGGGAGACCCUAAACCCCGCCCCCUACCUGCCUGCCCUCACCUGUCCUGGGCCAAGCCCCAGCCCCUCAAUGAGACCGCUCCUAGUAACUUGUGGAAGCACCAGAAGCUGCUGUCAGUGGAUCUGGACAAGGUGGCUCUGCCCAACGUGAGACUGUACCGUCCCCAGGUCAGACCUCUGUCUCCUGGGGAGAGUGGGGCAUGGGACAUCCCUGGAGGGAUAAUGCCGGGCCGCUACAACCAGGAAGUGGGCCAGACUAUCCCAGUUUUUGCCUUCCUAGGGGCGAUGGUUGUCUUGUCCUUCUUCGUGGUCCAGCUCACAAAGGCCAAGAGCAAACCCAAGCGCAGGAAACCCCGCGUCAAACGGCCCACCUACCUCCAGCAGCAACAGCAGCAGACAACAGGGAAGAACCCUACCGUCUGACCGGACUGGACUGUAACUUAUUGUUGGUGGGCUCUGGCUUGGGUUUACCCUUAAAUAAGAGACUGGCCACACCUGAAGACAGAAGAGUGGAGUUGCAGGAUGAAUGGAGUGGAAUCUACUGAAAUGCCGGAGCAAACUUUUCGCUCUAGGACUUUAUUCCGAACUCUGAACAAUUAAAUCUCAACCCCAGCCUUCCAGACGUGAGCUCUGGGAUGCCCAAACGGUUUCUGUGCCUCUUUAGUUGAGCGUAGGUGUGUGUGUACUAAAACAAAAGUUUAAAAGACAGUGUUAUGAAUCACACACCCGAUGCUAAAAACGCCAGUUCCAGAUGGGCAUGUUGUCUACGCUCAUCCCCUCCUAAAGAGCUUCUUUCAUUCCUCUGACCAAACUGUUUUCUUUAUGACUGAAAUGUGUUUUAUUUAUUGAAUAUGUUUGUGCCCUAAACCACACUCGUAUACAUGUAAAUGUAUGCGCUACACAAACACACGCACAACAAAAUACAUUUUACACAUGAUGCCACUCUCUCUCUCACACACACACACACACACACACACGCAUUAACAACCUGAGGUCCGUUCAUGUUGUCCUGAAUUCUCCUGUCAUGUGUUCUGCAUUACGUGUCCAUGUUAAUUGCUUCAAUUAAUGUUUCUUCCUGUUUUUAUAUUUUAUAUAAUGAAUGAACCUUGGUCUGGCUUUCUGUGGUUAUCCUCCAUGGUUUAAUGGUCAACAAAGUAGCAUCGACAAACUGUUUGUGUAUCAUCAAUGAAUAAAAAAAAGCAUC